GUCCCGAGCGAGGGGCGUCGCAGAGGAGGAUCCCGCUCUCUCCCAGGCCGGCUUGGGCGAAAGGAGCGGCGCCGACGCUCGCUCCCCCUUCUGGGGAAGGCCGGGGAGGAGGCGAAGAUGGCGGCGACGGCUGCAGCCGCGGCGACCGCCUCAGAACAGCAAAGCUCUAAUGGCCCUGUGAAGAAGUCCAUGCGCGAGAAGGCCGUGGAGCGGAGGUGUGUUAACAAAGAACAUAAUAGCAACUUCAAGGCUGGAUAUAUUCCCAUUGAUGAAGAUCGGCUGCACAAAACUGGCUUACGGGGCCGAAAAGGCAACUUGGCUAUUUGUGUGAUCCUCCUCCUCUUUAUUUUGGCUGUUAUCAAUUUGAUUAUCACGCUCAUCAUCUGGGCUGUGAUUCGUAUCGGGCCCAGUGGCUGCGACAGCAUGGAGUUUCAUGAGAGUGGCUUACUGCGAUUUAAACAAGACUCUGACAUGGGAAUUAUACAUCCGUUGUAUAAGAGCACAGUGGGUGGCCGGCGUAACGAAGAUUUGGUGAUUGUUGGAGAGAACCAGCCAAUUGUGUUUCAGCAAGGGGAAACAAAACUCAGCGUUGAAACGGAUAAAACUUUAAUUACCAGUGAUAUCGGUAUGGAAUUUGUUGACCCACGGACACAGAACACGUUGUUCAGCACAGACUACAAUACUCAUGAAUUUCAUCUGCCAAGUGGAGUGAAAACAUUGAAUGUCCAAAGAGCAUCUACAGAGAGGAUUACCAGUAAUGCUACCAGUGAUCUAAAUAUAAAGACUGAUGAGCGUGCAGUCGUCCGUGGAAAUGAAGGCGUCUUUAUUAUGGGCAAAACCAUCGAGUUUAACAUGGGAGGCAACCUGGAACUCAGGGCAGAGGAGUCAGUGCUGCUGUGGCAAAGAGUACAGGAGAGCAGUAUACGACUGCCAAGUUAUUCUUAUGGAGAACAGUUUAAUAACGGCGACUGGGAGCGCUACAAGCUUUGCAUGUGUUUGGAUGGGACUCUAUUCCGUGUUCCAGUGAAGAGCCGCAACAUGGGUUGUCAAACUUCAGUUAAUCCAUGUGGUAAUACGUAUUAAAUGCGAAGCCAGAACAUGACUGAAAGACAUUUGUAUUUAUUGAGUUGGAUUCUUCCAGUUUUUCCAUUUAUACAAGGGGAAGGAAGGGCUACUUUUGUCCCCUGAAAAGGUUUUGCUUGGAAUCAUGGGACAUAGGAUCAGUAUCAGAUUAGACCACACUUCUUGUGCCGGUGGAAAAGCUGAUAGGAGCCAACCCAGUGUUUAAAGAGUUGCAUGUUUGUAAGGAUUUCUCUUUUUUACAGCCGUUUAUAGUGGUAUUAUUUGAACUUUAUAAUGCAAGAUACUGCAUUCAACAUUAUUAGAUCAUGUCAGUCAACUUGUUCAAGUAGGCUACUUAUGCUAAACUUAACUGCAUUUCAGUAAGAUACCGUAGGGAGGCACAAGCCAGGGGCGCUUUUUUAUAUUGCUGAAUUGCUUUGAAAUUGUCAUCAAAGGCUUUAUGAUACAAGAAACAAGAUGAACUUUUGCAUAGUUCCUUACCUUUGCCAACUUCUGUUUUUCCCAAAUGCUCCAUCAGAAGAGAGAAUCUGACUGCUCUGUCCUUUGGUCCCAAAUGCAUUCAGGCAUCUUUUGCAGUUCUUUUGCAGUUCUGCAUGCACUGCAUUCUGAAGAUAACCAACUGUGCCCAUACCAUACUGAAUGUAAUAGGCUCAAGUAUUUAAAGAAAUUCUGCCUCUUUGGCAGCCUAUUUUGCCUUAGGUUCUCUUCCUGUUAUAGGCAGGGGCACCUCCUUCCUUCAGCAUUAACACCCUUUACAAAAGUGUAAAUUAAUGGCUAUGUAAUAAAGGAUACAAAAAUGAAUGCUAUUUAUAUUAAAAUCUAGAUGGGUAACUGUGUUAGUCUGUCUGUAGCAGUAGAAAAGAGCAAGAGUCCAGUCGCACCUUAAAGACUAACAACAUAUGGGGCAGGGAAUGACCUAUUGUGAGUCACUGCUCACCUCUUCAGAUAAAAUCUAGUUUGUCUAAAUUUUGUUACUUUUAUCUGAAUUUAUUUCUGUAUAAACAGACUGGUGUAUUAUUUUGGCAAAUAUUCUUUGUUUAGAAGACAGUGUUUAGGGGGGUAUUACAGCUUCCUGUCUGCACCCCUACUUGUUUUAACACAGACCCUUCCGUGAGCUCGUUCUGUGGGGGUGGAGCAUAAUCUGUAGUGGGUACCUUCAGGAGCAAGGACUUCUGACCAGCUGGGUGCCAUAAAUCCUUGUGUCUUCUCCUGGGAAUUUUCCCAUAUUUUGGCUUUCAAAUUAACUACGUAAACCAACUUUUCAAUCUGUUUUCAGUGAGUCUCACUGCUAAUAACAGAAAUUUGCAUUGUUAAUAAAUGUAUCCUUGCAGAGGAAAAUAAUUUUUUUCUAAAGAGUAUGAUCCAGGGUCAGCUGCUCUAUCCAGUACCCUGAAUUUAUUCCUAAUCAGCUGCCCAUCCAUGUCCCAUGCGCAAAAAGCUUCUAUUAUUAGGGAUGUGGAUAGUUCCCCCCCCCAUUUUGUUUGCAUAAACAUUGUUUUGUUGGUAAUUCUGUUUUUGUUAUUGCUGUAAUGUUUGCUUCCAUUGAUUUCAGUGAGAAAUAUUAAUAGCGCCAUUUUGUUUUCCGUCUAAUUUGUAUGUAUGACCUCAAAGGAAUCUUGCCUCCCAAAUUUCAGACAGAUAAGAGACAGUUGUUUUAUAGGCAAUUAAAAGUAAAAUCCAUGCCAGAAAUAAAAUCUGUAUUGAAUUGAAUCCUUCCUGUAUGUCUACUUCAUCUCUAACCAUACAAGCCAGAAAUAAAAUACUUUACUUUUGCUGAUUGACUCUGUAUAUUUCAAGAUAACUAGCUAAGCAGUGGUCUAGAUGCUACAGUGUCUAAUUUUUAGAUUAAUUCAGCUUUAUUUUAAUUGCCUAUAAAACCACAAUGUGUGUGAAUUGCCGUCUAGUCACUUACCCUAUGAAUGAAUGACUUCCAAAAUGUCAGGUCUUGAAAA